AUGGAAUAUUUGAUGUUGGAGAUCCUGGCUGAUGAAGUGAAGCAAGGGAAUAAAUCAACUAAUCAGAUUAAGGCCAUCUCAUUCAAUCGUGUUUCGGAUGCCAUUAAGCAACAAUUAGGAAUGGAGGAGUGUACACCUAAGCAUGUGGAGAAUCAUCUCAAAACACUAAGAAGCACAUGGAAUACAGUGCAAACUCUACUAAAUAAAAGUGGUCUUGGAUGGGAUGAUAGCUUGAAGAUGAUUACUGCCAGUCCUAGAGUUUAUGCUUUACACGUUCAGGCUCAUCCUACUCAUGAGAAGUUCAUUAAUAGAAAGAUUGAAAUGUUUGAAGAAAUGUCCCUUGUGUGCGGGAAUGAUCGAGCUAGGGGUGAUUGUGCUAAGUCCCUUGAUGAUAUAGGCUUGGAUUGUAGUUCGAAGAAAGGUAAUGAUAAUGACAUUGAAAGACCAUCAAAGGAAAAAGAUGUGCAAGACGUAGUAAAUGAAACUUCUCAAAUCAAAGCAAGUCGUAAAAGAAGUCGUUCUUCUGAUGUACAAGAUGUGGUCGGUGAUAUAUAA